AUGUCCACUAACGGCUCUGUUCCCGACUUGUCGGCGAGCAUGCAAAACUUGACGGUGGAGCCCAAGAAGAAGAAGAGGACUCAGCGUGCAUUCCAUGCUACUUUCACCCAACCACCACCUAUAACGCAACAGCAGCCACUAGGAAGUCCUUACGUGACUACUCCAGUCAAUCAGCAGCUGGGAUUUUUCACCCCUGCUGACGCUCAGACAUUUGCACAUGCCAACGGUCUGUUCACUAACUUCAAUAGCGAAGUCCACACGCCUGUGAACCCAAACUUUUCGCCUGCUCCGGUGGUUCCAAACACGCCGGUGGCCUUCCAUGGUGCUCCAAUUGUUCCCUCCUCGCCUGCGGUACUUAAUGUCACCACACCACACGAUAUCGCUGCGCAAAACCAGAGUUCUGAUCUCUCAUUGAGUGGGGCGAGACACCAGGCUCAAGAGGAGUACUCCACGCCACAGUACGACGCCGAGGGCAACAACUUGGGCUUUAAGUCAUUUUUGUCAUUCCAGAACAUCGUACCACCUAUUGCUGGAACUCAGUACCAUGCCGUGGACCAAGGAACAGCAACCCCAAAACAUAUUCGUUCGACCAUGUACAAUGUUCCCGAAUCGGAGGCCCUAAGAAAAGCCACUAAAUUGCCCAUUGCUGUGACUAUCCGCCCAUUUGCGCCAUUGUUGUCAACGGAAGAACCUGUCCCUUCUGUGGAUAUGUCCAGCUUAGGUUCAACCUCCUACACCGAGAAAACGGAUAUUGGUCCUCCAAGAUGCAACCGUUGCAGAACAUACAUUAAUCCAUCCAUGAUGCACACGGCGGCGGGCAAGUUCACUUGUAACAUCUGUCAGUUUCCCAACAACACUGUGCCUCCAGAGUAUGUUUCCAUGUUGAAUCCAAUGACCAACCAGAGAAUUGAUAGAGAGUCUCGUGCAGAAUUGCACAAGGGUGUCUAUGACAUUAUUGUGCCUUCAUACUAUAAUGUGGGUGGUGAAGAUAAGGCUCCUAGCGGCCUUCACCAUGUGUUUUUGGUGGAUAUUUCUCACCAAAGUAUAAUCAAGCAGUUGCCAGUAUUAGUUGCUGACGCUAUCCGUGCAGCUAUUUUUGAUUAUUCAGAGGACUAUGAUUCGGAUACGUUGGCUGCAAAGCUCAAGUUUGCUGUGAUUUUGUUCGAUAAGAGCAUGCACUUCUACAACUUGUCUCCAGCCCUCAGCACUUGCCAGAUCUCUGUUUCUGGAGACUUGGAAGAUCCAUUUAUUCCAUUCCAUGAGGGACUUUUUGCUGAUCCUGAAGAGAGUCGUAUGGUUAUCGAAGAUGCGCUCAAUAACUUGGAGAUGCUCUGCAACGAAAAUGUGCUUCAUGAUACCGAGCCUUGUUUCUCUGUCGCUGUCCGUACGGCUGCUAUGUGCUUAGACCUGGUUGGUGGAGGUAAAAUCACCUCUAUUCUUUCAACUUUGCCCUCGUGGGGUCCCGGGGUUCCAAGCUAA